UAAGUAAAAUAAUAAUGUGAUAUUACUUCCAAAUUGUGCUACUUACUUGCAAUUAUUUUACACAUUUUAUAUAAAAACAAAACUUUACAUUCCUUGUUAUAAAUUAUGGAAACUCCGGUAGUCAAUCUGUCAGAGGAAGAACUUAAAACAGUUUACGAGCCUUCUGAAGAUUCAUAUCUGUUAAUAGACGCUUUGGAGGCAGAUCUGGAGAUUUUGCAGGGGAUGAAACCUGUGAUUUGUUUAGAGAUAGGUAGUGGUUCAGGUAUAGUUAUUACAGCAUUGGCAAUGGCACUGAAGAAACAUCAUAAGGCCCAUUUUAUCGCAAUUGAUAUAAAUCCCGAUGCCUGUAAGGCUACGAGAAGAACUAGUCUGACUAACACUGUUAAUGUAGAUGUUCUUCAAAUGAAUUUAUUAGAUUACAUACGAAUUAGCCACACGUUUGAUAUUGUAUUAUUCAAUCCGCCAUAUGUAGCUACGGAAUACGAGGAAGUGUUGGAUGACAGGCUUGUAUUUAAGACCUGGGCAGGUGGUAAAAAUGGCAGGCAGGUUAUGGAACAGGUGUUUACCAAGAUUCCUGAAAUUUUAUCGGAGAGAGGAAUGUUUUAUUUAGUUGUUAUCAAAGAAAAUGACCCCGAGUAUAUCUUGAGUGCUUUUCAAAAAUUAAAUAUGUCUGGUAAAAUUGUUCGUGAGCGGAAAAUAAGGGGCGAGCAUUUGUUCGUUUUACGUUUUUGCAGAACCAAUGUGACCGAGAUAACUUAACGUUGUUGUAACAUUUAAGUACAGGUCUGUGUUAUAUGUAACGUCAUAAAAAAACAUCAUUGACCAUACGCUUUUAUAUAUUCAUAAUGAUACUUUGUGAUUAGGAUAUAUUCAGUUUUUUUAUUAAAUCGUUCUUAUUUUUUAUAGAUAUUGUUUCUCUUUGUUUACACACACAGAACACACUAUAAUGUUCUAACGAGAGAAAGAGAGAGAUAGACAAUCUAUCAUCUUAUACAUAAUCUGUUUUUUAUACAUGAAUAUAAUUGUUAUAUGUAUUAUAUAUUUGCGUGUAUGUAUAUGUACAUAAGAGUAAAACUGUGUUAGUAUAAAAACAUAAUUUACUUACGGUUGUCUUUUGCUGGUUCUUUUCAUUUCAACGAUUGCUCUCGUUGCAAAUAUGUAUUUCAUUUUUUCCACAAAUAUUAGGUUUACUGAGUUUACUCAGUUUCAGCGUAAUGAUAGAGGCAAUACCAUGCCUCUUGAUAUAAUAUUAUUAUUAAAUGAUUAUGUAUACUACAUUUAUAAUUCAAAGUCUUACGUGUUAUGUUAAAGAAAUAAUAGAUAAUAUGUAUAUUA